UGUAAUUUCAAAUUUAGGGUUUCAAAUUUAGGUAUUUCAGAUUAGGUUAGGUUUCGAAUCCCUUUUUAUGAGUUGAUUUGGUGAAAUUUCAUUCCUAUUGUGAUUUCUGGGGUAUAUGGGGUUCUGAGGUGCGAAUUUGGGGAUAUUCGUACUCCGAAUCUUGAAGAUUCGGACUGGUUCAGGACUUCAAGAUUCGGACUGGUCCAGGACUUCAAGAUUCGGACUUGAGAGAUUCAGUACUGUCUCUCCUAUUGCUUCUGUUAUUGUUUUUCAUGAUAAGAUGAAUGGGGUGAAGAUAAUUUCCAUGCUUUUGGCUAUCUUAGGGUAGUGGUUAAGGACAUAACCAACUUGAGAUUUCACAUUUGAAUUUCAUAACAUUAUUUGAAUUGUAUUGAAAUUUCAUAACAUUAGUUUACUGUGUAUACUUGUGGAUUGCUUCAACUAGUUAGUUACUCAUUACAUAGCUAUUAAUCUGUUUUCCUUAUUUUUUCUGAUAGAUUAUGGCGAGGACAAAGCAAACUAAGAGGGUAUCGUCUGAAGAGUUGGCCGAUCGUCGUGCCUAUCUCCACGCUUCUCAUAGGCGAGGUGAUCAUGAUACAGAUGUGUCGACUUCUCGGAAGCGGGCUAGGAAGGGGGCUCCGAAGGCGACCACUGAGGUUCCUGCCCCUGCUACUGAGGUUCCUGCUACUCAGGUUCCUGAUACUGAGGUUCCUGCCCCUGCUACUGAGGUUCCUGCUACUCAGGUUCCUGCUACUGAGGUUCCUGCUCUCUCGACGCCUGAGGUUACUGCUACUGAGGUUUCUCCUCAGUCGACGCCUGAGGUUACCGCCCAUGAUACUGUUGAGCCUUCCACCUCUUCACUUGAUAUUGAUGCAGUUGAGGAGUCGGAGUCGGAGUCGGAGUCGGAGUCGGAGUCGGGGUCGGAGUCGGGGUCUGAGUCUGAGAUUGAGGGUGAGGAUGUAGAGGUAGAGGAUCCGAAUAUGCCGCCGCUCCAGAGAGAUCCACCGUUUCCUGGUGGGCCGGUUGAGUUGUCACUUCUGCAGCAUUACCCGGAUCACAUAGCGCCGUGGACGUGGCAUACCCUACUAGGCACCACUGACCCUCGUUAUUCUGAGCGAGGUGAUUUGAGGCUUGCCACUGCUGGUACGAAGCUCGGGCUGAUGACGUGUGAGGGGGACAAUUACAGGGAGGUCCGCUUGAUUGUGGAGAGGAGCGGACUGUAUCCACUGGUCAGGUGCAGCUAUGUAGAGACGGAUCCAGGGCUUAUAUCGGCCCUUGUGGAGAGGUGGCACGAGGAGACUAGUAGUUUCCACAUGCCAUUUGGGGAGAUGACUGUCACCCUUGACGACGUCUCCGCUCUUCUUCACAUCCCGGUUGGUGGGAGAUUCUACACUCCAGGAGUGGCCUCGAGAUAUGAUGUGGCAGAGACCUGCGCUUUGCUGUUAGGGGGGGAUGCAGAUUUGUACAUGGCUGAGUUUGAUAAGCUUAGGGGUCCGACUAUGAGGUUCAGCUUCUUGCGAGACCUUUACCCGAAAGCUGUUGCAGAGGGGCGGUACGAGCAUGCAGCCAGGAUGUACCUGAUGCAUCUUGUUGGCGCGACAUUGUUCGCCGACAAGAGUGGGGGGCACUCAUUCUCCGCCCGUUGGAUAGGCAUGCUACAGGAUCUUGAGCGGGUGUCGGAGUUCGCGUGGGGCGCCAUGGCCCUUGCCACGUUGUACGACCAGCUUGGACAGUCUUCUCGCAGCGGGGUCAAACAGUUGGCCGGUUACACUUCCCUGUUGAUGGCCUGGGUCUUUGAGCACUUUCCAGACAGGCUCGUUCGCCGGUAUGCGAACCCGGCUUACACAGAGGACCAGCCCAGAGCUCGUAGGUGGACAGAGUCACGGUCGGGGCAUGCUAGGCUUGACGAGAGGCGAGUACUACUUGAUGAGUUGACGGCCGACGACGUCACUUGGACUCCAUAUGAGGCCCACAGGGAAUGGCGACAGCGGGAUGAGAGGGCUUUGUUCUCAGGCUACAUUCGGUGUCCCUAUCCCCCUGCUGUGCGACCUCAUCUUCCGGAGCGGGUCAUGCGACAGUUUGGGUAUAUACAGACGAUCCCGCGCCACCCUAGUGAGAUGGAUAGAUCUCCCGCAGCUGAGGCUGUUGAUGCGGCAUUCGCAGGUUAUGUGCAGUACUUGUUCCCUGAGGGCGACCCUGCUAUAGAGGAGGGACAGGCUGUGGGCGGUUACAUGGAUUGGUACGCUAGAGUGUCUCAUUGUUUCAUCAUACCGGAUGAGAGGAGGAUUGAUCUCAGUGCCGUGGCUGCUUUGCGUAGGGCUUUAGAAGUCCUUGAGUUGUCACUUGAGGUGGAUGAUGCUUUGCUGCCAGGCACACAGGCCCGCGCUUUAACGGAGAGAGCACUUCGCAUCCUCCAGGACUUGGCUGGGACACAGGGCAUUGCUUACGCUGCUGGGAGAGGAGGUCUGGGAGCAGGUGGCCGAGUAGGUGGCCGAGCCAGCGGCCGAGCAGGUGGCCGAGCAGGUGGCCGGGAGGGCGGCAGGGCAGGAGCCAGGGGAGGUCGUAGGGGUAGGGGAGGUCGUCGGGGUAGGGGACAGUAGGGGACAUUAGUUGUAUGAGCAUUUUGUUGACAUUACUAUUAUGAUAUUAGGGGACUAUGUAUUUUGCACUACUAUUUCGGAUUAGUAUGAGUUUUAUCUUCACUUUAACGUAUAUUUUUUUUUUAUUUUUCACUUUUACCCUAAACCCUAAUAAUUUGUGAGCUUUAUCUUCACUUUAACAUUUUUUUUUUCUUUUUCACUUUUAUAAUCAACCCUAAUAAUUUUAAAAAUCAAUAACUUUUAUAACCAACCCUAAUAAUCGACCCUUGUAAUGGAAACCAAAACCUGGCACUCAACAACACAAACCAUUGUAAUGAAGUUUAAUCUUCAAGAUAUAAUCCGAAACUUCAACCUUCGGAUCAGUAUGAAACUUCAACUUCCGGAUUAGUAUGAAACUUCAACUUCCGGACACCUCUGACAGAUUCUACCACCUUUUUCAGCACCAUUACUCCAUAGCUUCACCUACCUCACCACCAUUAUGGCCUGCAUAAACUCCUCAACCACCAAACCACCCCCCAUUACAUUUCACUUCUGAUCACCCUCACUCCCUCACUUCCUCUUUUCUUACUACCCCUCAACCCCCCACCACCAUCAUUGCACCACCAACAACAACCUUCAUGCACCACCAACAACAACCUUCAUCAACCAGCACCACCUUGGUAUGUAUCAUUGCACCCAUUAUAAUUUGCCAAUAAUAUACGUUUGUGUAUAUUUUCUACCAUUUAAAUUUCUCUUCAUUUUUUGCCACCACCAUCACUUCAACUUUUCUGCCCCGACAUAAAUCCGAAUGUUCAAGUCUCGGAUUAGUACGAAAGUUAUAGUCUCGGA